AUGUUUGUUGUGCGGCCUCAGACCUUCAUCCCCACUCGAGCGCCGGCGACCGCCAACCGGACCUUUCUCUCGCCGGCAGUGAUACGGGGGCCGUCUCGGGGCGUCGUUAUCAUGAGCUGCUACCGCGUGACCGUGCUUCUGGUCGUGAUCUGUUACCUCACCGCGAGAGUCGCGCCCGUCGCGCCCACCAGCGCCGACCUCAGCCUGGCCGAGAGCCUGUACGCCCGCCUCUCCGGCGCAUGUAGGGCGAUCCUCGACCUCCAGUACAACUCGCUGAGCACCCAAAAUGAAAUACUGAAAACCAUGAAAAUCGUGCAGAUUACCGACGACGACGUGGUGAAAUCGUACCCGAUCGACGAGGCUUUUCGCGGGCUGACGCGGCCCGGCGAGUUCGACAUAGCGAGGCAGACGAAGGUGAUCAUCCACGGGUAUCGAGACCGCUCCCAGUCCGCGGUGUCCAUGGACGUGGCCGAGGCGUACGUCGCCAAGAAGUCUUUCAACGUACUGCUGGUCGACGCCGAGGAGAUGCUGAAUAAGCGAUACAUCCUGUCGGUGCACAACUCCCGCCUCAUGGGGAAGAGGCUCGCGAAUUUGCUCGCCAACCUGGAAAACUUCGGGGCUCACGCGAGCGACUUCCACCUGAUCGGAAUCAGCCUGGGGGCACACAUCGCUGGCUGGGCGGGGAAAUACUUUCACAGAUACAAGGGCACUACGCUCGGCCGGAUUACCGGGCUGGACCCCGCUGGACCAUGCUUCACGUACGCCUACCAGGAUCAGAGGCUGGACAAGAUGGACGCCGCGUAUGUCGACGUGCUCCACUCGAACAGACUGGUCCAGGGGGUGCUGGAGCCCCUCGGCCACGCUGACUUCUACAUCAACGGGGGCGGACCGCAGCAGCCCGGGUGCAUAAUGCCGUCCUGCAGCCACCUGCGAGCCGCCCAAAUUUACGCGGAGAGCAUUAAAAACCCUAAAUCGUUCGUGGCGAUUCAGUGCCAGAGUUGGCAGCAGUUCGAGUCAAACGCGUGUGCCGAUCAGCAGUACGCGGUGUUGGGUUACGGCUCCUCGGCGUCCACGCGCGGCCUCUACUACCUGCGGACGUCGGCUAGCCCGCCCUUCGCGCUCGGCAUGAACGGGACCAAGUUCGUCAACCUACAAUCUAGUGACAUGUGGCUUAAUAGUCUUAGUUUUAGUUAG